AUGGAUUCCGACGAGAUAUUAGGGCAGGAUAUCCAGCCAGAGAAAGAAGAAGAUCUAGAUGAAAAAUACCCCAAUAGACCUCACAACCGGGGCCCGACAUUGCCGUUCCACGAUCUAUACCUCGAACUAUUUAAUCCACUGAGUGAGCUAAAGAAGAAGCCAUCAGGGCCGGCUCCAUCUCACCGGAAAGUUGGUCCCCAUGGCAAAGGUGCUGCGAGUCUCAAUCCGUUCGAGCGCCGGCGCGAUGUGAUCGAGCGCUUCAUUUCGCGGUGGCGCAAGGAGGUUGGCGACGACAUCUACCCCGCCCUGAGACUGAUUCUUCCCGAUAAAGACCGCGAUCGACCUAUGUACGGGAUCAAGGAGAAGGCCAUCGGGAAGAUGCUCGUCAAGAUCAUGAAGAUCAAUAAAGAAUCAGAAGAUGGAUACAAUCUUCUUAAUUGGAAGCUGCCCGGCCAGGGUGCCACAGCACGUAUGGCAGGCGAUUUUGCUGGAAGGUGCUUUGAUGUUCUCUCGAAACGGCCUAUGCGGACCGAGCCGGGUGACAUGACGAUUGAAGAGGUUAAUGAGAAGCUGGAUAAGCUAUCUGCUGCCUCAAAGGAGGAUGAACAAUUGCCAAUCCUGACAGAGUUCUAUCGGCGAAUGAAUCCCGAAGAGCUUCUGUGGCUCAUCCGCAUUAUACUUCGGCAGAUGAAGGUUGGUGCUACCGAGCGAACAUUUUUUGACGUUUGGCACCCCGAUGCAGAGAACUUGUAUAGUAUAUCUAGCAGUCUGCGACGUGUGUGCUGGGAGCUGCAUGAUCCCAAUAUUCGGCUUGAGGGAGAGGAGCGUGGUAUUGCGUUGAUGCAAUGCUUCCAGCCCCAGCUGGCCCAGUUUCAGAUGCAUUCAUUCGAGAAAAUCAUUGCUCGCAUGAAACCAACAGAAGACGACAACGUGUUUUGGAUUGAGGAGAAAAUGGAUGGUGAGCGUAUGCAACUCCACAUGGCGCCUGACGAGUCAAUCAAAGGUGGUCGGAGAUUUGGCUUUUGGUCGCGUAAAGCGAAGGAAUACACCUAUCUAUAUGGAAAUGGCCUUUAUGACGAGAACAGUGCUCUGACAAGGCAUCUCAAAGAUGCCUUUGUGGAUGGAGUGCAGAGCAUUAUUCUCGACGGCGAAAUGAUUACCUGGGAUCCUGAACAGGACGCCAUGGUUCCCUUUGGAACGCUCAAAACCGCGGCGCUGUCGGAACAACGUAACCCUUUCACAAAUGGUCCACGGCCCCUAUUCCGCGUGUUCGAUAUCUUGCAUCUCAAUGGGCGCGAUCUCACAAAGUAUACCCUUCGUGAUCGUCGCAAUGCUCUGGAGAAAACUGUCCGGCCUGUCCAUCGCCGGUUUGAAAUUCAUGCCUACGAGGAAGCUUCUACCACCACAGAAGUUGAAGCUGCUCUGCGGAAGGUUGUCGCUGAGGCGUCAGAAGGUCUUGUAUUGAAGAACCCGCGUUCUCCAUAUCGACUGAACGAACGCCACGAUGACUGGAUGAAAGUCAAACCGGACUAUAUGACCGAAUUUGGAGAGUCCCUUGAUGUUGUUGUGAUUGGCGGAUACUAUGGCUCAGGUCAUCGAGGAGGUGCCCUGUCCAGUUUUCUCUGCGGACUACGAGUCGACGACAAAACACAAGCACCAGAGAAAUGCUGGUCUUUUUGUAAGGUUGGUGGUGGGUUUACUGCGGCCGAUUACCAAGAGCUCCGCCAUCAUACAGAUGGCAAGUGGAAAAAGUGGGAUGCGAAAAAGCCACCGACUACCUAUAUCGAACUGGCGGGUGGAGACGCCCAGCACGAGCGUCCAGACAUGUGGAUUAAACCAUCUGACUCAAUUGUUCUGUGUGUGAAAGCUGCAUCUGUCGCAAUCAGUGACCAGUUCCGCAUGGGAUUGACAUUACGAUUUCCUCGGUUCAAGAAAUUGCGCAAGGACAAGGACUGGAAAAGCGCGCUCUCGGUUCAGGAGUUCCUUGAUCUGAAGUCUAAUGCAGAGCAAGAACAUCGGGAGAAAGAGUUCUCCGUUGAUAACUCUCGAAAGAAGCGAGUAAAGAGGGCCACUAAGAAACCGCUCACGGUUGCUGGGUACGACGAUAAUGUUGAUGUCCAGUAUCUCGGGCCUUCUGGGCACGUCUUCGAUGAGCUUAACUUCUUCAUAAUGACCGAGUCCACCGUCCCAGAAAAGAAAACGAAAGUUCAACUGGAACAACUGGUGAAGGCUAAUGGUGGCAAGUUUUAUCAAACCAAGACAGCUGCGGCAGACACGAUCUGUGUUGCUGAAAGGAGAACGGUCAAAGUAGCGUCAUUACAAAAGAGUGGAGAUCAAAACAUCAUUCGACCAUCUUGGCUUAUCGACUGCGUUAAACAGAAUGAAAUAGAUGCUGGCCUGCCAGAUCUUCUUCUCCCAUUCGAGCCAAGACACAUGUUUUUCAUGACAGAGGACAAAGAGGAAGAAGUCGCAGCAAACGUCGACAAAUUCAUGGACAGCUAUGCCCGCGAUACAACUGUCGACGAACUCAAGGAGAUAUUCAAGCAAAUGGAAGAGAACCCAGAACAGCCCGACCAAAUCCCAGACCCAGAAACAGUCCACAGAGUCGAGGCACUUAUCCAAGACAAAGUAAACGCCGGCUACACAGCACCUCGUGGAUGGCUCUUCCGAGGCUUAAAGUUCCACUUCUACUCGAACGGGAAUCAAAAGGACGAACAAGCCCCUGAACUAAGAAAGGAAUACCACCGCCUCCAUUUCGCCCACAAUACAGCCCGGUUCGCAGGCGCGGAGAACGCCAGCUCAUUAGAGAGCACAGGCACCACACACGUGAUAGUCGACCCGGAGACAUCGUCUUCAGCGGACGUAUCCUCUCUCCGGCAGUCUCUGGCCGAGAAGCCGGGCGCAAAAAUGCCGCAUCUUGUUAGCGUAAGCUGGGUGGAGGAAUGCUGGAAAAAUGGCACUUUACUGGACGAGGAGAGGUUCCCGGUUCUACGAUGA